CCUGGAGGGCGGCAGACUCAGUUUCCUAGCGCUCCCAGCAGUCUGCACACAAGGCGCCGUCUGCCGUAGCCUUGGGGAGACUACAUUUCCCAGAAAGCUUUGCGUCGAGCGGCAGUACUUUGAUCCAAUGAAGAUCCAAGACAGGGGGCAUUUCCGUGUGGGCGUGCCUCUUAGGGCGGGACUUCUGGCGUCUUCGCAGCGGUCAUUUUGGGUGCCCUCCGGUCCGUUCUAUCCGUUAGCCUCCUUGGUGUGCCUCUUUGGGAUCGAAGUGACGGACCGUGAAGGCGCGAGAAUCGGGUCUGAGAGUCGGGGGCAGAGCCGCCUGCGAGGCCUGCCUGGGGAUAGCGGUGCUCGUGUUCCCCCCCGGUCGCCAGCAGCUCCCGGUCCAGCUCCGCCUACAGACUCGGAUGGCGACCGCACUGAGGGACCCGGCUCCGGUUGUUGGCAUGGAGUGGAGCAUGAGGAAACACCUACUGAACAGAGAAUUUCUGUAGAAGGAGUGCCACAGUUCAGGACUUCCAAAGAAGUUUCAUCUUCCCAGAAUGCCUACUCCUGUGAAAUAUGUGGCCUGGUCUUGAGAGAUAUUUUGCACUUGGCUGAACACCAGGGAACAAACUGUGGGCAGAAACUACACACAUAUGGAAAACAAUUCUACAUCAAUGCAAAUCUUCAACAGCACCAGAGGCAGCACAUUAAAGAGGCACCUUUCACAAGUUAUGUGGACACAGCCUCAUUUACAACGAGCUGCACAGUCCAUGUGUCGGAGAAGCCCUUCACCUGUAGGGAGAUCAGGAAAGACUUUCUGGCCAACAUGAGGUUUCUCCAUCAAGAGGCCGCUCAAACAGGGGAGAAGCCAAAUAACAGUAACAAGUGUGUGGUGGCCUUUUACAGUGGAAAAAGGCAUCGCAACUGGGGAAAAUGCAGUAAAGCCUUUAGCCACACAGACACACUUGUUCAGGACCAGAGAAUCCUCACUAGAGAAGGGCUUUUUGAGUGCAGCAAAUGUGGGAAAGCAUGUACGCGAAGAUGUAACCUCAUUCAGCACCAGAAAGUCCACAGUGAAGAAAGGCCUUAUGAAUGCAAUGAAUGUGGAAAAUUCUUUACCUACUACUCCAGUUUCAUUAUACAUCAGAGAGUUCAUACUGGAGAAAGGCCUUAUGUGUGCCCUGAAUGUGGGAAAUCCUUUAGUCAGAUCUACAGCCUCAAUAGCCAUAGGAAAGUUCACACUGGAGAAAGGCCUUAUGAAUGCAGCGAAUGUGGGAAAUCUUUUAGCCAAAGGUCCAACCUCAUGCAGCAUCGCAGAGUUCACACUGGAGAAAGGCCUUAUGAAUGCAGUGAAUGUGGGAAAUCUUUUAGCCAAAACUUCAGCCUCAUUUACCACCAGAGAGUUCACACUGGAGAAAGACCUCAUGAGUGCAAUGAAUGUGGAAAAUCCUUUAGCCGAAGCUCCAGCCUCAUUCACCACCGGAGACUUCACACUGGAGAAAGACCCUAUGAGUGCAGUAAAUGUGGGAAAUCAUUUAAGCAAAGCUCCAGCUUCAGUUCACACCGGAAAGUCCACACAGGGGAAAGGCCUUACGUGUGUGGGGAAUGUGGGAAGUCCUUUAGCCAUAGUUCCAACCUUAAGAACCACCAGAGAGUUCACACUGGAGAAAGGCCUGUUGAGUGCAGUGAAUGUAGCAAAUCCUUUAGCUGUAAAUCUAACCUCAUUAAACACCUGAGAGUUCACACUGGAGAAAGGCCUUAUGAGUGCAGUGAAUGUGGGAAAUCCUUUAGCCAAAGUUCUAGCCUCAUUCAGCACCGGAGAGUUCAUACUGGAAAAAGGCCUUAUCAGUGCAGUGAAUGUGGGAAAUCCUUUGGCUGCAAAUCUGUCCUCAUUCAACACCAGAGAGUUCACACUGGAGAAAAGCCUUAACUGUACUGGGAACGUGCAAUUUCCUUUUAGUGUAAUUAUACUGAAGGAGUACACCUGUGAGAGAGAUAAAGUACCUGAACUGGAAGCCCUAACAUCUUAAGGAUAUACAGUAGGCAGAUUCCCCUUAAGUUCCAGGUAUGUGUUACACUUUCUAACCUGCCAUUUAGAAAGUGUUAGACUUUCUCACCUGCCAUAUAUGGCUCUUGCCAUUUAUGUCACUGACAGUUUCUGAGGCAGAGGCCGUAUCACGUCUACCACCUGUGAGGUCCAUAUAAUGUGCAUCAUUUACCUCCUGAACCUGCUGAAGGAAGCAGACCUCCGUUUCUCCCCAUUUGCUAGAAGAAAUCAUGAAUAGUCUGAGUCUUCCUCUCUGACAAGUUAGGGCAUGGACUUGACCCAGCUUUGUGCCAGAGAACCCAAUAUGAGUGUUGUUGGCAGCUUGCCAAGAAGGACUUUUUUUUUUUUUCCCCCCCCAAGACAUGUUGGUUUCGUGUGACACCUCCAUGGACUUUUUCCAGCCUCUAAGUCACCAACUUUGGAACUGCUUGCCUCACAUUGCUUUGUUUUUUACAAUAAUAAAGGCAUUAUUAUUUAAGCUA